ACAAGUCAUUAGUUCCAACUGUCUAGAGCUACACCACCGGAAUAUCCACAAGUCCCACAUAAACUAUUAAUAACUGUAUUAUUGUAAUCUCUCAAGCCACAAAUAAAUUUUAUAAUCAUAAAUUAUUAAUCUUUGCUUAAGCGAACAAGUAAAGGAUUUACAAUAAAUUUGAAAAGUUUACAACAAUCCUCGAUUUUCAUACAGUUUAUCCCUACGAACCAAAAAAGAGUUAUAAAACACGACGAUGUCACGCGGCAGCUCCACCGUCCUCCUCAGUCUCCUCCUCCUCACCGCCGUCGCAAUCGCCUUGGACAAUGAUGAAGACAUGUGCGUGUUCACGGUUUACAUACGAACCGGUACGGCAUGGAAAGCCGGUACAGACUCGGUCAUGAGCCUCCGUGUUUACGACAGUUACGGUCAAAACGCGGAUAUCUCCGAUUUGGUGUCAUGGGGAGGUUUAAUGGGUCCAUUUCACGACUAUUUCGAGAGGGGCAAUCUCGACAUUUUCAGCGGUUUAGGUUCUUGUCUCUCAGGUCCGGUUUGCGCGAUGAACCUGACAUCCGAUGGCUCUGGUGAUCAUCACGGUUGGUAUUGCAAUUAUGUGGAAGUGACGAUGAGUGAGAGCCGUCGGAAGAAAACAUGGGGAGGUUUAAUGGGUCCAUUUCACGACUAUUUCGAGAGGGGCAAUCUCGACAUUUUCAGCGGUUUAGGUUCUUGUCUCUCAGGUCCGGUUUGCGCGAUGAACCUGACAUCCGAUGGCUCUGGUGAUCAUCACGGUUGGUAUUGCAAUUAUGUGGAAGUGACGAUGAGUGAGAGCCGUCGGAAGAAAAGUUGUUCUCAGGAGAAGUUUACAGUGGAACAAUGGCUGGCUCGUGAUGCUUCGCCGUAUGAGCUGUCGGCGGUUAGAAAUCAUUGUUCAGACUUUGUCAAGAAUCAGCGAGUCGUUAUUCCCACAUUGAUGUAACGCGAGAUCAUUUUAUUUAUAACUUUUGGGGUCAAAAUGCGAUGUUUCCGUGUGUGAUAUAAAAUUUGUGGGGGUGUUUUUUUUUUUUCUCUCUAAUAAAGAACAUGAAAACGAAUGUGUUAUUGUAUUACAAUGCUUGACACUUGAGUGAUCAAUGUAUAUAUUAUAGGAGACGAAC